UUUGCAGUAGCGCCUUUUCAAUUCUGCUCGUGAUUCGGUCUGGUUGUUGUCAAGCAUGUCUGGUGGUUAUCCAGUUUUAGAACUCUCGGCAGAGGACCUGCGCCUAAUGCUUGCAGCUCACGUUCAUGUGGGGGAGACUAAUAUGAAUUUCCAAAUGUCAACAUACGUCCAUGGGUGUACUAAAGAUAAUUAUCACAUUAUUAAGUUGGAUAAAACAUGGGAGAAAAUCCUUCUAUCAGCUCGUGCUAUUGCAGCAAUUGAUCAUCCGACUGAUGUUUACGCAGUCGGGUCCAGGCCGUUUACUCAGCGUGCUGUAUUAAAAUUUGCGAACUACACAGGAACAACAGCAAUGGCAGGCCGCUUCACACCUGGUACUUUCACCAACCAGAAACAAUCUUGUUUCCGAGAGCCCCGCCUGUUAAUUGUCAGUGAUCCAAUAAGCGAUCACCAAGCUGUAUAUGAAGCUAAUUCUGUAAAUGUCCCACUCAUUGCAUUCUGCAAUACUGACACCCCUAUUUCACGUGUUGAUAUCGUCAUUCCAUGUAAUAACAAGUCAACGCAUUCUAUUGCCGUUGUGUGGUGGCUUCUCGCUCGUGAAGUUCGGCGCAUCCGCGGUGAAGAUACAAGGUUGCAUCAAUGGAGUGUAUUACCUGACCUGUUUCUCUAUCGCGAUCCCAACGAGGAAGAGCAAAAUGCUGAGGAAGUUGAUGAUACUAGAUUGGAACCCGCUUUGCCAGGGGCCGAUAUCGAAGCUGCAGAAACGUGGGGAGUUGAGCCAACAAUGCCUGUCGGAUCAUUAGGCGAUAUGGGAAUAGCCGCUGCUGGAUACGGUCCUGUUGGUGGGACAGCAGGUGGUUGGAGUAAUUUAGAUGCCGAUCCAACAGAAACAUGGUAGUUGAGCAAUAUAACUUAUGGAAAAAUAACAUUGGCGCAAACUGAUUCUGUAAAUCAAUGGAGUGAUAACCUUCCAGGAUAAAGGUCAUUUAUAUUACUACAGCCAAUUAAUUGAUUCUCAUUCUUUACAAAUGCUUUUUAUUCCCACAUCUUUAUUUAAGUUGUUUAGGUCUUCGUAAAUUAGCUAAUGAGAGCUUUACGAUUUAACGAGUUUGAAUUAGCUUAUAAAUGAAGUGGUUAUCCUGUUUUUCUGGUUGUUGAUCUUAAGAAAAGCUCAAGGCAUUUAUCUCUGUUAUAAUCAUCAUUACAGUUGCUAGAUAUUCAAGGUGAUAGUAGUUUAUUUAAACAGGAUCUCAAGUAUGUACAAUAAUCACAGUAUUAAGAGGAUAUGUAAUCUCUUCGUAUGUUUAGAAGAGGUUGGUAGAUUCGUUUAUACCUCACUGAAGAUAAGAGACUCCUAGAAAUGCUACUACUAAAGUUCUGUUCGUACUCCAAAAAAGAUUUAAUUGAUCUAUAGGGAGUAUCUGCUUGUCUAUGAAUUUUAUAGUCCUAUUAUCCUGUCCCUCUACGAGUCAUAACAAACAUACAGAAAGGUUUUAGGUCAGGCUAUUGCUGCCAAUCUGAC